UAAAAUUAUUGCGCAAUUACGACAUAGCAACCAGCCUUGUAUAAAAAUAGCUAGUGUAGCAUCAACGCCAUCAUCAACAAUAAUUUGUCAUUUCUCAAGAAGAUGCAGUUGGCCAUGGACAAGACUAUAAUUACACUGUUGGCUUCAGCAUUUGUAAUUGCUGUUUUAGGGGUUCGUUGCUCCAAUGCCAUUUGCAGUCAACAGUCUUUUCCUUCCACGUUUGACCUCAGGGCAUUUCUCCCCUCAGUAGGCCAGCUGCCCCAUCCCAGUGAUAUUCUUGUCACCUCUUACAGGUUCACUUGUGAAGGCACCAUCACUCACUGGGAGGCCUACACUACAGGCACUGGGUCACAUCCAAUGGAGUUCCAAGUAUGGCGGGAAGCUCCUGAGCUGCUAAGAUACAAUCUAGUCGGUAACAAUAUUUUCCCUACCGCUUCUCCGACCAAUGGGAUGCUUCGACUGGGCGUCCCUGUAGACCAACAAAUCACUGCUAUGCCCGGAGAUUUUGUGGGGGUGAGAACAAUACAAGGAAACGAAGAUGACCCGUUUCAAAUUCUUACUAUCCUUGGCUACUACCUUAAUUAUAAUCUAACGGACCGUGGUUUCGAUAGCACUCCUGCACAGCUGCCACUGGGCUCAUUGUUUGGCUUAGACUGCUUUACACCUAGCAACAGCCUGCCUACUAACAUCAGCAUAACUCCAUUGAUCAAUGCAGUGCUUAACAGUACCUCUGAUGUAUGGACCCCUGAACCCUCAAACUCUGACCCCUCCACCCCUCCGCCAGACGAGCCAGCUACCUCACAAGCACUCCUCAUUGCUACAGGAGUAUUAGCAGGCCUGCUACUGACUCUAUUAAUUAUCUUGGUUGUCACGGUGACUCUGUUUUGCUGCUACAUGCAACACAAGAGAGGGGGGAACACUGUCAAGGAGCCAGCAAUGACCUCCAACACUGCGUAUAAUGGUGUGAGGGGGGGCGAAGUUGAACUGACCUCCAAUACUGCGUACAAUCAUGCAAGAGGGGACGAGGUCGAACUGACUCCCAACGAUGCUUACAAUGACCAGACAGGGGAUACUCCAUACUACUCCAGGAUAGCUACAUAGGUUACUCUAACAUUGAAUUGACAAACUACCAUAGAUUAAUUAUUAACACGAUUAAAUUUUAAGAGUUUCAAGCUGUUUAAUAGGAAGCAAACAUAGAAUCUAUUUCUAGAGUCGUACAAUCAUAUGUAAUAGCUACUACCUAUUGUCAAAAAUAUUUUGUAUGUCUGUA